UCAAGCUUGUGGUAUAGUGUCGUGUAAAAAGUUGAUGUAUUUCUGACCUAUAUACACAUUUCAGUAAUUUAAUUGGUAUGAAACCUAAUCGCAUUUUCCGUAGGAAGUUUAUGAGCUUAUUCCUUAGAAAUAUCUAAAUAAAAAGUAUGAACCCUAAAAGUCUUGAAGCAAGAAAUCGUGAUGAUAAUCCAUUUGAAGGACUUAAAAUAUCGAAUUCAAGUACAUUAGAUGGUGUAAGCAAUCGUAGCCCAUGCCCACGUUGUGGCAAAUCCCGAAUGUAUUUUUGCUAUACAUGCUUUGUUCCCGUGUCCUGUUUAGAAGGUCGCAUUCCGAUAUGUAGUCUGCCAAUAAAAGUUGAUAUAAUCAAACACAAACGUGAAAUAGACGGUAAAAGCACCGCAGCCCAUGCCGCUGUCUUAGCGCCUUGUGAUGUUAAUGUCUAUACAUAUCCUGAAAUACCGGAAUAUGUAAUAGAUGGGAGAACAGUUUUGUUAUAUCCAGGAACAGAAGCUCGCACUGUUAAAGAGUUGUUUACGGGUAAAUGCAACCCUCAGACUUACACUCAAAAUGUUUUAGCUCAUUUGCCUUCUGGAUAUAAUGUUGGUACUUUGAUGACAAAAAUCUUCAGUCAUAAUAAUGGUAAUAACGAAAUAUAUCAUGCAGAAGAAUUACCAAUUAAUCGGUUAGUUUUAAUUGAUAGUACAUGGAAUCAGAGUCGAGGAAUAUUUGCAGACAAAAGAUUACAAAAAAUACCUCAAAUUGUUUUACAAAAUAGAAUAUCUCAGUUUUGGCGCCAUCAAAAGGGAAGUCCCAGGUGGUAUCUUUCAACAAUUGAAGCAUUGCAUCAGUUAUUAUUGGAGUUACAUAUGAAUGCUUGGGGUCGUAGUAUACUCUAUGAAAAUGAACUUACUAAACAUUUUCCAAUACACACACAAGAAAAUCAUACUUUAUGCAAACCAUAUGAUGGCCAAUAUGACAACCUUUUAUAUUUUUUCAAAUAUAUGUAUGAAAAAUUACACACUUUAUAUAAACAUGAUGAUCUACUAGCUUACAAAAGACCCAUGGAAAUAUAAUGUAAAAUUUCACUAUAUUUUUUUUGUUUCCUGGAUGUUUGCUAUAAUGUGACCUAUCUGUUCAUUUGUUAUAAUUGGGCUCAAACUGUCACUGGUUCCAAUUUUAUACCCUAGGAAAACAUAAUUAUUUCACCUGGUUUUACUCUCUUUAUAAAUCAUUGUGGAUACAAGGACCAUUGAUUACUAAAUAUAUUCUGUGUAUGGAGGUUACUGGUUAAACUUAAGCAAAUUUUGUCCAGACAAUUUGAUAUGCAGAUAUUUUUUCAGGAUAAGUUUUAAAUACAGCUAGUAAAAAUAUAAUCCGUCCAUACACCUCAACUCAUUAGUGUAGAAUCAUAUAUUUUGCAAAGAUAACUUAUUAAUGUGUGUGCAAUAUAUAUAUAUAUAUGUAAUAAAAUAAAACUAAUUUUGCUACAAUUUUCUAAUUGAAUCAAAAUAAAUAUAAUAUUUGAGAAGAUCACAUAUAAAAUUAAACCCUGUUCCAAUUAAAAAAGGAGUAAACAUUCCUUUGAUUAUCAUAUUCAAUGUCAUUUGCUUAUAGUGCUACAAUAUUAUGCACUACAAACAGUUUUUAAUUAAUAUACCCUUAGAUAUAUGUAAUACAUGACAACAUGUAAGCACUACCAUUUUACUUCCAAUGUUGGGAUAAAAACCUCAUCAACAUUCAAAACAUUUGAAUGUAAUUAUGAACAUCAUUUCUUUAUUCAAGACCUCAACUAAUAUUUCAGAAAAAAAAAGCUAGUUUAAAUUAAAUGUUAAUGAAAUAAAAUGUGAAAGUAAAUCUUUAUUUAAAAUAUCAAUGUAUAUCUUAAAAAAAAUUGACAUUCUUAACUUUUAACAAAUAACUGUCAAUACACAUGUUUAAGAUUGUAUUGCUCAAAC